AUGUUGAAUGUGAUCAUGAGAAAGUGCUUACAGUACAUGGAUAGUAUGAAAAAGUUUGAUAAAGAAACUCUGCCUCCUCAAGAAUGUUUCUACAGUGUUCUACAUGAUGAACACGUUUCCGAUGCUGACUAUGACCACGCUACUCGCGUCUUUGAGGCUUUUAACUGCCAAAGUAUGGGAGACUACCAUGAUUUGUACUUAAGAUCUGACGUUCUACUCCUUGCUGGUGUAUUUGAAAACUUCCGAAACGUCUACUUAAAAGUGUACAAUCUAGAUCCUUGUCACUUUUACACAAGUCCUGGGUUGGCGUGGCAGGCUUGUUUAAAAAUGACGGCGGUAGAACUAGAGUUAUGUCCAGAUAUGUAUUUAUUCAUCGAAGAAGGGCUUCGUAGUGGAAUAUCCAUGAUAAGUAACCGUUUCAGUAAAGCGAACAAUCCGUACGUCCCCGACUAUGACCCUGAUCAAGACUCAUCUUACGUGAUGUAUCUCGACGCUAAUAAUCUCUAUGGCUGGGCUAUGUAA